AUGGACUGUAACUGUGUUAGUGACCUGCUCCUCACUCCACCUGUCCCAGCCCUCUGGACACCAGGCUUUGCCUUUCCAGACUGGGCCUAUAAGCCAGAGUCUAGCCCUGGCUCCAGGCAGAUCCAGCUGUGGCAUUUCAUCCUGGAGCUCCUGCAGAAGGAGGAAUACCAGGGGGUGAUUGCCUGGCAGGGAGACUAUGGUGAAUUUGUGAUCAAAGAUCCGGAUGAAGUAGCAAGACUCUGGGGGAUUCGCAAGUGCAAGCCUCACAUGAACUACGACAAGCUUAGCCGUGCACUAAGGUACUACUACAACAAGCGCAUUUUGCACAAAACUAAAGGAAAGCGGUUCACCUACAAAUUUAAUUUCAGCAAGGUGGUUCUAGUGAAUUAUCCGCUGUUAGACAUGGCUAGCUCUCCUUUCUUGCUAGCUCAGAACCACUUCAAUGGAGGGGCAGCCACAGCAGACUGCAGCCCUGUAACCCCCGAGGCCUUGCAGUCUUUAUUCCCUCGGUUGCCUGAUUCUGGCCGUGGAACUGCUCUGUUUGACCGUGCUACAGGAGCCCCAGAGGGUGAUAAGCUCAGAUUGGACGCUUUUCCUUUCCUUGGUUCAGCAGCCCCCUGUUACUCUAAACCUCCAUCCAUGUUGGGUCCUUACCCUCGUAACCCUGCAUUUGACUACUCUUGGGGCUUCAACCCAUAUCUCCCUGGGGCUUUAUCCCUCAACAACUGUCCUAAACUGCCUCCAGGCUCGAUCUACCCCUCACACUUCUAUCCAAAUCCGCUUCAGUCUGGCCUGGCACAGCUCCCUCAUCCUUUUUCCUCACUCCUUCCUCCUGGGGACACAACAGGAACAGAGCGGGCUCAAACUGGGGGAGCCAAUGGCUCAGUGGGUGGUCAGGCUCCACGACUCUGCAUUCCGUCAUACCCGGGUAGUUUACUUCAAGGCCGGACUGAGCUGGGAAUUCUGGGUCCUGGUAUGAGUGAGAGGGAAAGAGGAGAGAACACUAGCAUUACAGGGGCAGGUGGAGGUGGGAUUGGAGUGGGAUUAGGUUUAGGCUUGGGAUCACUGGGAGUGAUAGGGAGUGGAGGAGGCAUCCAGAGUCCAUCAGAUCGGCGCACAGGAGUGAAACAGGACCCAGGGUCGGAUUCUGAGCUGGAAAUCACAGACCUGAGUGACUGUAGCUCGGAGAACGAAAACGAGCCAGACUUCAAUGUCAGCCAAGAGAAGGAGCAUAGGAUGGGAGGCCGACCUCACAUUCCUGAAGCCAAGACUGCAGGUCUGGGUGGAACCUUACCUCAGCUCUCUUCUCUUCCUCCUUCUAUAUCUCCCCACCCUCUCAAAAGCCUGGUACCUCUGACUCCUCCACCACCAUCUCUUCCUACAUCAAUUUCUCCUUCCCUCAUCUUGGUUGAGCGGCACAGAGAAACAGAGACUCUUAAACAUACUCAUAGUUAA